UCAAGGUUUGUUUACCUCUCCUAACCUUCAACCAUCGUACCAGCACCAAAUCGUCCUCCAGCUUUCGAACUAUUCAGACUUGAUACUUCCGAAAGACAGAGGAAUUCACGAUGAUGCGGCCUACGACACCGUCUUCCGGCGCCAGCACGCGGUCCGCGUCGCCGACAAAGCUAACGCCAAUCUCUCAAAAUCUUCCUCACGGCCGCAACUUCUCCAUCUCGGCCAGCACGUCGCCCAGCAAGCGAGUGCACACGUUCACGCCCAGUCAAAUAAAGAGCGUGCUCGAGCAGAGCGGCGCGGAUUCAGAUCGCGCUGACGCUCGCGAGAGCUCUGCUAGCGGGACCACUGACGAGGGAGUUGUUGUCGAAGGCGAUACCUCGGAGUUUGCAGGGAAGAAAUGGGUGUGGAUUCCUGAUACCAAAGAGGCUUUUAUCAAAGGUUUUGUUACUGAGGAGGAUGAAGAAGGAAUGCUACAUGUGCUUUGCACCGAUGAUACGGAGCGUAUCGUCAGUAAGUUGGAUGCGGAACGGGUGAAUCCCCCCAAAUUCGAUAAGGCCAAUGACAUGGCGGAGUUGACCCAUCUAAAUGAGGCAUCUGUUGUCCACAACAUUGAAACCAGAUAUCUAGCAGACAUGAUCUACACAUACUCCGGCCUGUUCCUGGUUGCUGUCAAUCCUUAUUGCAGCCUUCCAAUCUACAGCCACGAAUACACAUCGCUGUACAAGAAUAAAUCGCGCGAUGAACUACCCCCUCACAUUUAUGCGAUAACUGAUCUUGCAUUUCGAAACAUGCUUGAGAUGCACGAGAAUCAAUCUAUUUUGGUCACUGGUGAAUCGGGUGCAGGAAAGACGGAGAAUACCAAGAAAGUCAUCCAGUAUUUAGCGGCUGUGACCUCGAAUACCUUGCCUGGACUGAAGCCUCAGAGUGGAUCGUUUGAGCAACAGAUUCUACAGGCAAACCCAAUUCUCGAAGCAUUUGGAAACUCUCAGACCGCCCGAAACAACAACUCCUCUAGAUUUGGAAAGUUCAUCAAGAUUGGAUUUAGUCGUUCGGGCCAGAUCUCUGGAGCUUACAUUGACUACUAUCUUUUGGAGAAGACUCGAGUAGUGACCCAGAGUCCUUUGGAAAGAAACUACCAUGUGUUUUAUCAGUUGCUGAGUGGUGCAACUGAGCCUCUGCGUCAGCUCUUUCUUCUAGAAGGAAAGGUUACGGACUACAACUACGUCAAGGGUGGUAAUAAGACUAUCCCGGGUGUCUCUGAUGCUGAUGAGUUUAAGAGGCUGCUGGAGGCGUUUCGAAUCAUGGGAUUCACCGAUCGCGAACAAGAGGAUUUUCUUCGAGUGAUUGCCGUUGUGUUGCACAUUGGAAAUCUAGAGAUUGGUUCUGAGAGAUCCUCUGGACAGGCGAAGCUUCUACAGUACUCUCAGGCAGAGAAGUUGUGUCACGUUUUGGGUGUUCCAGUUGACGCGUUUGUGAAGGCGCUGCUUAGACCUAGAGUCAAAGCUGGUCGGGACUGGGUUGACCAGUCUCGUACGGCGGCUCAGGUACAGUUUUCGAUUCAUGCGCUAGCUAAAGCGAUCUAUGAGCGGGGAUUUGCAUACCUCGUUAAUCGCAUCAAUGAGGUGCUCGAACGCGACAACGGAAGCGCGACGUUCAUUGGUGUCCUCGAUAUUGCGGGAUUUGAGAUCUUUGAAACAAACUCGUUUGAGCAGCUGUGUAUCAAUUACACAAACGAAAAGCUGCAGCAGUUUUUCAAUCACCACAUGUUUGUUCUCGAGCAGGAGGAGUAUGCGCGGGAGAAUAUCGAAUGGCAGUUUAUUGAUUUCGGCCAUGAUCUUCAGCCAACGAUUGACCUGAUUGAGAAAAGCAACCCUAUUGGAAUCUUUUCCUGUUUGGACGAAGACUGUGUGAUGCCGCGAGCGACGGAUAAGUCGUUCACGGAGAAGCUGCAUGCACUCUGGGAUAAAAAGUCAGACAAAUAUAAGCCGUCGCUGUUCAAUCAGGGCUUCCGGUUGACUCACUAUGCUGCCGAGGUUGACUACAAUACCGAGGGAUGGCUAGAGAAAAACAAGGAUCCAUUGAACGACAAUAUCACGCAGCUUCUUAGCCAGUCAACGGAGAGCCACAUUGCCAGACUGUUUGGAGAAGAUGGCGACGCAGGAGCAAGUAACGGCGUGCAUCGCAGAAAAGGAUUGUUCCGCACAGUUGCGCAGAGACACAAGGAGCAGUUGACGAGCUUGAUGGGACAGUUGGGCUCGACGCACCCACACUUUGUUCGUUGUCUGAUUCCGAAUCACGAGAAGCGCCCGAAGAAGAUGGACAAGAUGCUAGUGCUUGACCAGCUGAGAUGUAACGGUGUUUUGGAGGGUAUCCGCAUCGCUCGCACCGGAUUCCCCAACCGAUUGUCAUUCUCCGAGUUUAGACAGCGAUAUGAGAUUCUGGUCUCGCGCGAUGAUGGCUAUGCGAAGAUGACGAGGGCCCAAUCGACGUCAGGGUACGUCGAUGGACAGCGAGCGUGCAAGACGAUCGUUGAGGCGCUGAAAUUGGACAAGGCGGCCUACAGGGUUGGAGUUACAAAGGUGUUCUUCAGGGCGGGAGUGCUCGCCGAGCUCGAAGACCGGCGGGAGAAGCUGGUGAGAGAGUUGGUGACGCGGAUCCAGUCGCGAGCACGAGGGUAUAUUCAACGACGACAGGCCAACAAGAGGCUUUACAGAGCUGAAGCGGUCCGUGUUAUUGCGCAGAACGUGAAAGCAUCGCAGAUUGAGGACCCGUGGUGGAAGAUGUUUGUGAAGAUGCAGCCGCUUCUGAUUGCGCAGCGCGAGACGGUAGCUAGUCUUGCUCGUGAUGGAGAGUACCGGAAAGUGGUCGGGCAGCUCGAGGAGAGCGAGAAGGAAAGCCAGGCCGCACGUGAGCGAGCGCGCAAGCUGGAAGCGGAGCUGAAGAAGAUCGAGGAGACGCUGGAAAGCGAGCGAGCGCUAGCGCUGGACAAGGAGGAGAUCUUGCGACGAUCACAGGGGCGCGAGGCAGAUCUGGAGGAGCAGCUGGCGAGCGCGCUCGAGGAUCUGGAUAAGCUUGAGGCGCAAUGCGAGGAGCUGCUCGAGGCGAAGCGUAAGGCGGACCGUGAGGUGGAGUUGUGGCGUGGAGAGCUCGAGAAGGGGGCGCGGAUUAUCGGACAGCUCGAGGGAGAGAAGGGGGAGCUUGAGAAACGGAUUGCGACAUUAGACAGCGAGCUUGCGGCCAAGAAUGACAAGCAGGGCGCUAUCUCGAAUGCGAUGGAGCUGCUGAACCAAGAGAUGUCGGUGCUGAAGACGAUUAUCAACCAGCGCGAGCGGCAAUUGACGGAGACCGAGGACCGACUGAAGCAAUCGGAUCGGGAAGUCGAGGAACGGUUGGAGCAAUCGAGGGUCCGCUAUGACCAGAGCCAGCGACAGAUGCAUGCGGCAGUGCGAGAGAGUCAGGAGCUGCGCGAGCAGAUGACGAGUCUGAGUGCAACGUGUCACAAGAUGGAGAAGAUGGUGGAGAGAAAAGAGCGCGAGCUCGUGGCGCUGCGGGCCGAGCUGGAGGGCGUCAGCGGAGCGAAGAAGCAGAUGAGCGGUGAGAAAAUGGAGCUGGAGAAGCGAGCUGCGGAUGUCGGCCGACGGCUGGCGCAGGCCGAAGACGAGCGUGAGACGCUCCGAAAGGCGGUGCAGGCGGCCGAGGCAGAGGGAGAGCGCCUGAAGAAGACCCUGAAGAAGAGAGACGAGGAAGAGAACGCGCGGCGGAAGCAGAAGGUGACGAUGGAGAAGGCUGGACUGCGUGCGGUGCGAGAGGGACUACGCGAGGCGUUGGCCAAGCUCGAGGAGCUCGGCGGCGAGUGAACGUCGUCUGGCCGCAGUAAAUUUUGUUUAUUCUAGAUAUGCGGAUCGCGUGAGCUGUUUUGUUUUGUUUAUUCUUAGUAUACCACACCGACAAAUACGAUCCUUAAUGCUUGAGUGAAUAUCUCUCUGAACUUGGGACGGACGACGAUGUUACAUAAGCCCUGACAUCACCGGCCGCGCAUGUCGUAGGUGGCCGCGCGUCAGUGUGAGAGGGGAAAUUGGAACAGCGAAAU